AUGACCUCAUUUGGCGAAGUUGUUGGUAAUACAUUAUUUAAUAUGUUGAAAUUAGGUGAAGGAGAAAUUAUUGGUGAAAUACCAAUUAUAUCAAAUCCAUUUGAUAAUAUAGUAUCUCGACCUCGAGCUAAAUCACAAAUGAUUGAUGAUGAUAAUGAUGAAAUAAAUAAAAAAUCGAAAGAAACUGUACAAGCUAAAGCAAUCAGAAAUUAUGGUCUUCUUUCAUUUGGAAAUGAAGCUGAAGAAGAUGAAGAAGAAAUAACAAAAAUUUCAAUGACAUUCAAACAAAAAGGAACGGGAAAAAGUGCACAUGAUUUAACUAAUGAUUCAACAUUAAGUAAAAAUACAGCUGAAUUAAAUGAAAAUAAUGAAGAAAGUGAUGAAGAAUUAUCUAUAGAAAAACAAAAUUUUAAAAUAAAAGAAAAAAGUGAUGUAGAUUUUGAUAAAGAAGAACUUGAUCGAGUACGACAAAAAUUUAAUGCAAAAAAAUUAGCUCAGCAAGAAAAGAAAAAAACACUUCCACUUGAAAGAUUUCGUGUAAAAGUUCAUACUGCUAAAGAUGAACAAAUUAGUAAACCUUUAAAUGUAACACAAUCAGAACAAAUAGCUGAUAAAGUUCAAACACCAUUUUUAAAACAUACUUUUGUAUUUCAAGAAUUAUUAGAUAAUGUUCAAGAUAUUUAUACGAAUGCUGAAUUAUUAACUGUUUAUGAUCCAAGAAAUCCAAUGACUAAACGACGACGAGAUGGAAAUAGUAUGUUACUUCAUCAAAAAAAACAUCAAGGACGUACAUAA